GAUGCCGAAAUGUAUGUGUUAAGAAAUUCUUAUUUCUAGUUACACCCCCAAAAUACUUUUACCAAGAUUUAUCAUAAAACUGCCAGCAAACUGUGGUAAAAAGGAAUGACUUAAUCAAUGACUCGUGAAAUUUCAAAUACUCUUGUAAUAAACCAUGAUAGUUUUGAGUUGCAGUGUUACAACAUCCUCUUUCAGUUUCUAGGUAUCAUAGAGAUAUGGAGGAAGACCAAAUGACUCUUGCUACAGAUGCAGCAAAUCCAGAAAGUGAGGUGAAAAGUUUGAUAACCAGUGAUGUACUGGUAGAAGAAAACUCAAUACAAUGCACAGGGAAAGAACACACAGAGGUGAUUGAGAGUUGCUUGCCUGUGGAACCAAUGGAGAAUCUGACCAGUGAAGUUGACAGUGACAGUCAAGAAGCAACGGCGAAUCCUAUCGACAGCCUUUUGAGCAAAGUUUCGGACAAAGUUUCUACCUUGGAGCAUCUGCCUGAAAGUAAUGCUCAAAAUUUUGUGGCUCAAGCAAAGGAAGAUGAAAACUGUAGUCAAAGUGUGAAUGGGAUGACGAGGUCAGAAACUUUGGACGAUCAUCGGAAUUCUGCCAAAGAUGAAAAUACCACUGAAAGCGAAAAUUCUACACAAAAUGACAGUAACUUUCAUGAAGCUCUUGAUGAUCUUAAUGGCAAUAUAGAAACGAAAAAUGAAGAAAAUUCAGAAGUUACUGACGCAGAUCCUACAAGUGAUAUCAUAAACAAUAACAAAAGCUUGUCAAUGGAAGCUGUUGAUGGGAGUAUAGCUUACAACAAAUCAUCAAGUGAAAGUAACACUACUGAUAGAAAAGGAGAAGGAUUUGAUAGUGAUCUUGUUUCCUCUGCUCCAUCAGAUGGUGACUGCUCGGAUCAUAUCUUAAGCCGCAACAAAGAGUUGGAAGCUCAUAAUAUAUCUGGCCAACAAGACGAAAAUCCUUCAACAGAUAGUACUUUGAGAAUUAUAUCUCCUUCGCUUUGUCAACAAGAAAAUUUUAAAGAUUUUGACGCCGAAAUUCCAGUUGAUAUAAAUAAUGUCACACCUGAAGUAAAUGUUUCUUUGGGAACUAAAAACGCAGAGCAACAUGACAAAGCUAUUAUCACAGGAGGGGUUUCUUUGGGAACUAAAAACGAAGAGCAAAAUGACAAAGCUUUUGUUACAGGAGAGGUUUCUUUGGGAACUAGAACUGAAGUGCAAGAUGACAAAGCUGUUAUCACAGGAGAGGUUUCUUUGGGAACAGAAAACGAAGAGCAAAAUGACAAAGCUCUUGUCACAGGAGAGGUUUCUUUUAGGACUAGAACUGAAAAGCAAAAUGACACAGCUUUUGUCACAGGAGAGGAAAUUGGAAAUAAAAUUGAAACACUGGUGCCGGAUAAAGGGGAAAUGAAAAAAGAAACAAAUGUGCAUGACAUUAAUGAGGAAGAAUGCAUGAUGUCGGGUUCCAACAUAUUUGACAAGAUACGAUCUGAAACAGAGAUCGUUCAUGAGGACGAGGCCAUGGAAAUAGCCUCUUCAUUGUUUCUCGAAGCUGAAGAAUCUGAAAAUGACACCGAUGAAGAUAUAGGAAAUGAUGAAUCUACUGAGAGUGCAGAGAGCUUAGCAGACGAGAGAGUUACUGAGGUGCAAAUAGGUGACGACGAUGAUGAGGCAAUGGAUAUAGAUGUUUUUGGCGUUGCUUCUACUGGAACUAAUGGAAUGGAGCAGGAUAAAAUCAUGAAGGAAGAAGAGAGUGCAUCUGAAGACGAAGAUACAACUAAGCCAGAUAGUGCGACUGAUACGUCAGCAAAUCUCACAGCUGCACAAAGACUUAUCCAGAAAUUUAAACUACAGAUACAAAAUAAAAGAAACAGUGAAGAUACGGUUGACAGUGAUAGGCCAAAGCGUGUAGUGCAGCUCCCAGCAGAAAGGAAACGUGGGUUAACAAAACCAGAAGAGACUCUAGAAGUUGCUGCUGAAACAAAAAAGCCCAAAGUAAUGCAAGGCUUGAAGAGAAAAACGGAAGGUUCUGAAGCAGAUGAUGAUGAUACGAAUAUAAAGGUUUUGAAAUUCAUACCAGGCAAGCCAAAAGCUAUGGAAGGCUCCAAACCAAAACUUCAAAAGUUAGUUGCGAGAAAAUCGAUACAAAAAUCUUACUCUGCGAGAAAAACUGCCCUCAGCUUGAAAUCUACCAAUGAGGACCAGACUGUCCCUACAGCUAGCAGCAAGGCACGAAAACAUGCCAAUUUCACACAGAAUCUUACAAAAUCGGUAGGAACAGUGGAGCAAAUGGUGAUGGAGAGGACAGAAAAAGGAUUUCAGUCCAAAAGAGGACCAAAAGAUACAGUAACAAUGAAAGUGUCUGUCAAAAUAAUGUGUCAAGAGGGACCGAAACGUGUAAAGUCGACUGCUAAAGGAAAUGUUAACUUGAUUGAUAAAAGUGUUCAGAUUAUUACUGUAAAAAAGCGUGCGGACAUCCUGAGCGAGAAGGAAAAGUCGACCACCGCACCAGCAAAGCCCACUGUGGACACCACUGCAAAAGCCAGUAUUGACCAGAGUCUAACUAUACGAGAAAAAAACAUUCAGAGGCUGAAAGAACUCAUCAAAAGACAAGAAAAAACAAUUGAAAUGAUAAAGAGUGGAAAAGAGAAAAAUAAUGACUACAAAAAAAUAGUGGAAAGUGCAUUCAAAACUGUUGAUUUAAAGGACAGCGAAAAGGCAGUAGGAAAAAACGUAAAAUCGAUGGAAAAAUCAAAAGAAGGCGAGCAGAAGCAAAACACUAGCCAAAGCAAUCAACAAGCUUCAUCAACUGAUCUGUCCAGUAUAAGAUCCUAUCCACAACAUCGAUUACUAUUACCCAAGAAAAGUGUUGAUAGCACUCAGCUUAAGAUACAAGGAGGAUCAGUAGAAUAUGUACACCCAAGUUCCAAAAACAUGACAAACAUUCUUGUGCCUAACAGACAGAUUCCACAAGCAAUAUCUAUCAAGCCUGCAGUAUCGUACAAACCAAUAAUGCCUUCAUUUACCACUUCCCAGCCUGGAAAAUGUGAUGUGUUAACAUCUACAACAAACAAGGGUUAUAUUUCUGCAGUCUCAAAUGUUUCAGCAUCAGAUUUGAAACACGCUGGGCAAAGGGUAGUUGCAACAACAGCACUGCGACCAGGCAUGUUUCCAAACCCUUUGAUUCCAACAAUGAAGCAAUAUGUCUCUAUUCCUACAACAGCUCUGCAUUAUAAACCGACGCAGUCAGUUGCCUGUGUGCCUCCAACGCAUAUUCCCUUAAAAAUGACUGCCAGUUUUCAUUCGCCCUCUCCACUCUCAAAUGAACCUAACUCUGAUGUCCUCCCAAUAGGACAUGCAACAACAACUGCUUCCUUUGUCGUAAGUCCGCUGAUUUUGGGUUCAUCUGCAGUGAGCCAGUCAAAGCCAGUGGCGCCACCUUACCAAAAACCAGGAGAACUGUCAAUGACUGAAAAAGCAUUCUUAACACCAGAGACUACCACGGCAUCGGUCUUACCAAAGAUAACCAGUGUUCGGUCGUUAGCAGGACAGCAGAAAACAAAACCAACAGUAGUUAGUCAGGCAAACUCCUGUGACACAUCUAGUUCGUCUGAAGAACAUGUCAGUUUAAGCCUAGAUCAACGAGUAGGGCUUCUAAAGACUUUAGAAAAAGCAAAGUCAUUGAUGUGUGAUAAUGUCAAGAAAAGUGGCUCAGAAGAUACGCCAACAGCUUUAACCUCGUCAUUUUCUACUGUAACUUCACAAAUACGAACAGUAGAAACGACUAAAGCAAAUACUUCUCAGCUGGUUUCUUCACCAAGCACUUGUACAACCAUUUCCAAUGUGGUUGUGACAACGAGGUCCUCUGUUUGUUCUCCCUCUCGUGCUGGUUUGUUGUCAACUGAUUCUUUAAAAGAACAAGCAACAAAUCCUGCAACAGACAAGCUAGUCAACUCAGUAAAUACCAAAACACUGGAACAUCGUGGCAUGCCUUCAACAGCAAAGGUUAGUGAGUCCAUUCCACAAGCAAAAGAGCCUCCUACAUAUCAAAAAGUUAUUCUUAUUCAAGACCAUGGAAAAUUUGCUCUUAUGCCGGUUGGAACUAAUUCAGAUCUACCAGGCUCUUUUUUUAUAAAAUUAGAAAAUAGACCCAAAUACCAAAAAAAUACUGCAGCUGGGACAUUAUGGAAUGGUGAACCACACCUUUUGAAUAAUGAGCCACCACCCCUGGCACCAAUUCGACCCGCAAUAAGCCAGCCCAGAUUUCACCCAGUUGGUCAAAAUGUUAGCUCUAAAAGUGAGAAGCCCCUUCCAGCAUUGAAGCAGGCUAUAGACCCCGAGGUUCAGAAAAUGAUUGACGAGUUAAAGUCUGGCAGAGGGCAAAAUAUCGGAAUACCAUCCAUUGCUUUAGGGAAGUCAGUUCUUGGCAAAUCUACCAACAAUACGGAAGUUUUUUCUAGCGACCAACACAUUCAGAAUACCAGAAUGGGUAACCCCGCAUUGAUUUCCCCUGCAUCUCACCAAAAUUUGUUGACUUCUUAUUCAAACAAAAAACAGGUCUCUAUUUUGCCAAAGCCGAAAGAACCAGGACCACGUUCAGAAACCAAGGAAAGUCCUCACACAGAUCCCUAUGACACAUCUCCGUUUUGGCUGACGAGAUCAUCCAAAGUCAAGUUGCAAGAGGAAUCUAGAAUUAAACUGUUCUUGUCAAAUAGUGAUGAGGAAUUGAACGGAAGGACAAACGUUGUUCAGCAAAUAACUGAAAAAUACCCGCUUGUAUCAUCGCAGUCCACUUUUAAGAUACGAUUUGGGGCACUCGAGAACCAGUUUUUGUUAUUAAACCCAAUAAGGAAGGCCUGGGCCGUACUUCCCGAUCCUGAUGAUGAAGAAUUCAUCCAGCUUCUCGGAAUUGAAAGUGCUGUUCAGCGAAUAAGCUGUUUAAGAAACGAAGGCUAUUAUAUUCCAUCACCUGACAUAUUUGCCAAUACCCCAGAAGAAGGACCAGGGGACAGCGCACAAGGUUCUAAAACAGAAUCUACGUCUAAAAAAGAAAAUAUUAUCCUCAAAGAAACAAGUAAAAACCAAAAACUCAUUCAAAUUGACCAACAAGUUAAGUCAAAAAUGAAAAGGUUAAUCGAAGAGAGAUUAACAAGCAUGAAAAAGAAAAAGCUUGCAGAAUCAACUCACGAUAGGGAAAGUAAUGGUACCUCGCCUCCCGCUGUGCAGGAGAAUAACACACGUUCGGGAGAUGAAAGCGAAGAAAGUAGCGACGAACAUGAUCAGCGACCAAACCAGGUAGAACUAAAAGAAAUCCGUGUUGUUGUUGAAGAUGUAAUGCUUGGUGUAAAGAAGUCCUAGAAUUGACUAUUUGAUAUUGUAUAAUAGCACAUAUGCCGGAACAUUAAAAGUGACAAGCUUAAAAC